CUUUUUUUGUGGACUUCUCCAGUCAGCAGUGCACCGAGGAGUUCCAGCGAGCCUUCGUGGAGCGGGUCAACUUUUACCGGGCCAAACACGGCGUCGGUCCGCUGACGCUGGACCGUUCCAUUUCCGGCUGGGCACAGGAGUGGGCUGAUCGACUGGGCCGAGAGGGUCACAUGUACCACCGCCAGCCGAACAAGUACGGGGAGAAUAUCGCCGAGAUGAUCGGCGGCAGAGAGAUGAGCGCCGAAUUCGCCGUGGACAUGUGGUACGGCGAGGUGGGCCGCUACACCGCCUACGGGCGGGAGCCCGAUUUUAGCAGCUUCCUCAACUGGGGCCACUUUACGCAGCUGGUGUGGAAGGGCAGCCGGGCGGUGGGCGUCGGCUGUGGCCGGUCGGCUGAUGGACUGUACCAGUUUGUGGUGGGCAACUUCGAUCCACCGGGCAAUAUGAUGGGCGACUUUGCCAAUAACGUCUUUCCGCCUUCAGGGUAG